AGCAAGACAGUCAAGUUUAGCCUAGCCCUGGACGCGCCGAUCAGGAAACAUCGAGGCUGCCGCAGUGAAACAAACAGAAAGAUUAGGAUCCGUACAGAAGUUUUAAACCGGCAAAGAAACUAUAUUUCAUGUGAAAUUAUUGCGGCAAGAUACAGUAAAGCGCGUUUAUUCCCUGCUCAAGUCAUUUCCCCCCCGGUUGGAUAAGCGGAGCUUUGCGAGCCUCACAAACAUUGAGCAUCAACCCUGGGGAAUUUUAACCAGCGACUCUAAACGUUGGACAUUGGCUGAGAGACGAGCGAUUCGAGUCAGGGUGUAGUGGUGCUCCCGCUCCCAGGCUCCAGGGCCUCUGGUGGCGGCGAGGAUGAAGCGCUUCAGGCGACACGGGCAGGAGAGCCAGAGGGACCGGCUGAAGCAGGACCUCUACCAGUUCAACAAGACAGUGGAGCAUGGCUUCCCCCACCAGCCCAGCGCUCUGGGCUACAGCCCCUCGCUGCAGCUCCUGGCCAUCGGGACUCGCUCCGGAGCCAUCAAACUCUACGGAGCCCCAGGCGUGGAGUUCAUGGGCCUGCACGACGAGAACGCCGUGGUCACACGGGUCCACUUCCUCCCCUUCCAGCUGGAGCUGGUGACCUUGCUGGAUGACAACAGCCUUCACAUGUGGACCCUGAGGGCCCACAAGGGCGUGUCUGAGCUGCUGGAGAUCGGACGCUUCACGCUGACCGGACCGCCAGGGGCUCCCCCCAGCGUUACCAGGGUAACGUCGGUGCUGGCCCACUCAUCAGGAGAGCUGCUGCUGCUGGGGACGGAGGGGGGGCACGUCUUCGUGGUGGAGGUCCCUGGCUUCCGGGAGCUGGAGGAGAGGAACAUCAGCCUGGACCAGGUGGCCAACAGUGUACCAGAGGACUACAUCGGUCGGAGGAACCUGGAGCACGUGGAGACCCUGCAGGAGAACCCGGUGGACCCCAACCAGGUGGUGAUCGGCUACGGCCGCGGCCUCAUGGUGGUCUGGGACCUGGAGAAGCACCAGGCCGUCCAGCACAUCCCCGCCACGCAGCAACUGGAGAGCACCUGGUGGACGGAGGACGGCGGCCAUAUUCUCAGUUCCCAUAGCGACGGCAGCUACUGCCGGUGGACCGUCGGGGGGCAGAGUUCCAAGGACGAGGAGGAGAAGUCAGACAUUCCUUACGGCCACUUCCCAUGCAAGGCCAUUUCCAAAAUCGUCCAGCUACCCACAGAAGAAGGGCCUCCCUUCCUGCUGUUCAGCGGCGGCAUGCCCAGGGCCAGCUACGGGGACAGGCACUGCAUCAGCGUCAUCCACGGCAAGACGCACGUCGCGCUGGACUUCACCUCCCGCAUCAUCGACUACUUCGUCAUCAGGGACGGCCCGCUGCACACAGGCGACCCCGGAGCCCUGGUGGUGUUGGUGGAGGAGGAGCUGGUGGUGAUAGACCUCCAGACGGAGGGCUGGCCGGUCAUCCAGACGCCCUACCUGGUGCCCCUGCACAGCUCGGCCAUCACCUGCUCCCACCACGUCUCCGCCAUCCCCCUCAAGCUGUGGGAGCGCCUGCUGGCCGCGGGCCAGCUGCAGAUCACACACUACUCCCCCAAGCCGUGGCCCAUCACAGGGGGCCAGAACCUGGGUCAGGACCCCCCCCAGAGGGAUCUGCUCCUCACAGGACACGAGGACGGGACGGUGCGGUUCUGGGACGCGUCGGGGGUGUGCCUGUACCCCAUGUACAAGCUGAGCACCGCGGGGGUCUUCCACACUGACGCAGACCCCAACGACAACAUGAACCAGAGCUCUGAAGGAGAGUGGCCUCCCUUCAGAAAGGUGGGCUGCUUCGACCCCUACAGCGACGACCCUCGGCUGGGCGUCCAGAAGAUCCACCUGUGUAAAUACAGCGGUUACCUGACCGUCGCCGGCACUGCAGGACAGAUCCUGGUGCUGGAGCUCAACGACGAGGCAGCUGAGCAGACGGUGGAGGCCAAGAUCGUUGACCUACUGCAGGGGCAGGAGGGCUUCCGCUGGAAGGGCCACACGAGGCUGGACGUGCGGGAGGAGCCGGUGCUGUUCCCUCCCGGGUUCCAGCCCUUCGCCCUGGUGCAGUGCCAGCCGCCCGCCGUGGUCACCGCCCUCACGCUGCACUCGGAGUGGAAGAUGGUGGCGUUCGGCACCAGCCACGGCUUCGGCCUCUACGACUACCAGCAGAAGAACUCUGUGCUGGUCAAGUGCACCCUGAACCCCAGCGACCAGCUGGCCAUGGAGGGCCCUCUGUCGCGGGUGAAGAGCAUCAAGAAGUCCCUGCGCCAGUCGUUCCGGAGGAUCCGCCGCAGCCGCGUGUCCCUCAGGAAACACCACGUCACCAACGCCGCCAAGCUCCAGGAGGCCAACGCCCGCCUGGAGGCAGAGCUGGCGGAGAUGGAGCUGGCCCCGGUCCAGAGGAAGAUCGAGGCCCGCUCCUCUGAGGACUCCUUCACCGGCCUCGUGCGGACGCUCUACUUCGCCGACACCUUCCUGUCAGACAGUUCUCACAACAGUGCCUCGUUAUGGGCGGGGACUAACGGCGGCUCAGUGUUCGCGUACAUGAUCCGCAUGCCGUCGGUGGAACACCGCGCCGACGAACCCAUCACCGCACACCCCGCCAAGGAGAUCCAGCUGAUGCACCGGGCCCCCGUGGUGGCCAUCGUGGUGCUGGACGGGCACGGCUCCCCCCUCCCCGAGCCCCUGGAGGUGGCCCACGACCUGGCCCGCUCCCCCGACAUGCAGGCCUCCCACCAGCUGCUGGUGGUCUCCGAGGAGCAGUUCAAGAUCUUCACGCUGCCCAAGGUGAGCGCCAAGAUGAAGCUGAAGCUGACGGCGCUGGACGGCUCGCGGGUGCGGCGGGUGGGCGUGGCCUGGUUCGGCAGCAGCCGUACGGCCGACGCGGGCGAGAGCGGCCUGGUGGUGCUGACCAACCAGGGCGACCUCAACGUGGUGUCGCUGCCCUCCGUCAAGAUGCAGGUGCAGCACCCCUGCAUUCGGCGCGAGGACGUCAGCGGCAUCGCGUCCUGCGUGUUCACCAAGCACGGCCAGGGCUUCUACCUGAUCUCGCCCUCUGAGUUCGAGCGCUUCUCGUUGUCGGCCCGCAACGUGGUGGAGCCCCGCUCGCUGGUGGAGGUCCCCGCCAACGCCACCGCGGCCAGCAAGCGCCGAGCGGCGCCCGACGGAGCCUCCGCCGACAAUGGAAACGCCAGGAGGGACGACGCGGACACAGAGAGCACUGCUAGGAGCGUUAUGGAACACGCUCUGCUGAAUGAUGAGCAGGUCCUCCAGGAGAUCCAGAAGUCACUAGAAGGAGAGCCCACACUGAGCUAGCGCCCGGAGCCCCCGCCUCCUGACGUUCCUCCAGACCAACGAUACUACUACUACAACUAGUCCUAGUGCGGCUAGCCCUGCCGCUAGUCCUAGUUCUACUACCACUACUGACCCAGCGACCCGCGACCUGCAGCCCCUCCCCAGGGACCCCCAGACGGCCGUGGUCCGUCUUCCCUCCAGGACUACGGACUCCUCUGGGCAGCCCUGUCGGCCAAUCAGGACGGAGCAGGGGAGGGACCACCGCCUGUGCCUAGAGACCAGACACUGCAACCCACCCUUCCCUAUAAACACACACACACACACACACACACACACAUGUGCGCGCGCGCUCAUGCUGAACUUUGUACCGCCACCCCCAUAAACGAGGACUGUAAAGUGGACGCUUUAACCCGCCGACCGACCCCUCCACCCAUAAAGUCCCUUAAAGCACAGGCCUUAGAAUUGGCUGUUCAAACAGAAGCAGGCUGCUCCAACUGCCACAACACCAUCACCACCACCACCUCCUCAACCAUAAUGCCCCCGUCAGCCUGACACCACCACCAGCCUUUGUCGGUUUCCUCUUCUACUGUGGAACUGGUUUGCCAAUCAACCAACCAAUCAAUCACUCGCCACGUGCUGCACAGUCCUGCUGGACCCCCAUUCCCACCCCCCACCCUCCACCCUUCCGAUCGCGACCCCACCCCCCAACCCCCACCCACGCAUCCACAUGGAUGCAGCGAAGCAAGGCCACGAUGACAAUGAUAAUUUUUGUGCCUAUUUUGGAUAGUAGUUUUUGAUAUUGUGAUGACAGACUAAAUCUUCCAGAUCGACGUGUAAUUCUAGGGAAAGGAAAAGGAUGUCCCAAAGUAAAAAAAAAAAAAGAAAUCAAAAGGAUGUGGCACAUAAACGGACACGGAAGAUUAUUUUAUUGUUCUCAUGUUUUGGGUUUUUUUGUUUUGUUUAUUAAGUUACCACAAUGACAGAAUCAAUCUGGCAUCUUACAAGCUUUUUCAUUGGAUCGCUUGCAGCCCGCCUACUUUUUCCCGUCCAAUCGUAUCACCCAUUCCAUCGAGCUGUAACCUGCCGCAGGUACUCAUCCAAUCAGGUUGGCCGGAUCGUGCGGCCAUUCUUGUUUUUGUUUUGUAGGGAAAACAAACUUUUUAUGGGGCUUUUAAUAUUUGUAUGUAAAUCGUUUUUAUGCCCGUAAUGAAUAAUGUAAUUUAGGAAUGUAAUUUUAAGAUAUUGUAGUGAAAUGUUUUAAUAUAUAUGUAUAUGGAUCUGUAUCUGUGUGUGGAACAGUGGGUCUAUUUUAACAAGGGCUUGGCUGCUAUUUAGUCUAAACUCACAAGGAAAUAUUUUGGUACUCUCUCUAAACAAAAGAUGCUGGGAAUUUUAGCAUUACGUGGCCUAGAAUAUAUUUUUGUAGCGAAUGAUUAAGUCCAAAAUCCCUAAUUUUUGUUUUUUUGUUUUUUAAAUGACUUUGAUUUGUAACUUCACACUACAGUUUUAUGCUGGAUAAUUAUUACAUGUUUUUUCACAAGAA